GAUUGUCAGUCUCAGUCAUCGACCCCCAGCUUAAUCACCUACCACCGGCACACUCGAUAUCCACCAUGGCGGACUCCCCUGAAGCGCAUCUGUUUACUUGCAUGUCAUGCUCCAUAGCAUUCACCUCACCCGACGAGCAGCGGGCUCACUACCGCUCGGACCACCAUAGGUACAACAUGAAGCGCCGUGUCGCUGGCCUCCCGCCAGUCUCGGCAGCUGCUUUCAAUGAGAAGGUGCUGGAGCGCCGUAAGGAGACAGCGAUCAUGUCUUCGCCCAAGGGAUCGAGCUGCGAGGUCUGCGGCAAGACGUACACGACUGAGAAUGCUUACCGCUCGCACAUCAACUCCAAGAAGCACAAGGAGAACGAGCUGAAGGCCGCUCAGCGGGCGCUCAGACCCACCGCCGCUGCCGAUCAGCCAGCCCCGAUUCAGGUCGAGGAUACCGUCCCCUCCUCCGAGCAUGCCGCAGACCACUUCACUGCUACCCCCUCCGCCGCCCCUAUUGCUUCCACAUCCAAACCCUCCCCCGAUCGCAUGGACGUCGAUUCCGAUGAUGAGGAAGCCCUCGAGAUGACCAUUGAUCAAAAAAUCGCCGCUGCCCGCACGCGCCUCUCCCCCGACUCCAACUGCCUCUUCUGUACCCACACCUCGUCAUCCCUCUCCGAGAACCUCAUGCACAUGUCCAGCGUGCACUCCUUCUUCAUCCCCGACGCCGAGUACCUCGUCGACCCCGCGGGUCUCAUCACCUACCUCGGGGAGAAGAUCGCCGUGGGCAACGUCUGCAUCUACUGCAGCUCGUCCUCGAAGGAGUUCCGCAGCCUUGAGGCCGUGCGGAAGCAUAUGAUCGACAAGACGCACUGCAAGAUCGCGUACAGCUCGGAGAACGACAAACUCGAGAUCUCGGACUUUUACGACUUCAGCACGUCGUACCCCGACUACGCGAUUUGGAAGGAGCGCAAGACGAAGGGCAAGGGCAAGAAGGCUGAUGCCGGUGCAGAGGGCGACGAAGAGUGGGAGAGCGACGACGAAGAGAUGGGCGACGUCGACGAGGUCGUCGAGGUUGUCGAAGACUCAGCCACGGAAUCCGAGGACUCAGACACCGCAUCGGACGAGGACGAUGAGGAUCUCCCCGCGCCUACAAUCUCCUACGGUGACACCCCGUACGAGCUCGUCCUCCCGUCCGGCACCCGCAUCGGUCACCGCGCGAAGACGCGCGAGUACAAGACGCGCCAGCUCGCUGUCGUCUACAAGGGCAAGGGCGCCGAGACACACAAGGAGCGCGUAGCCCUUAUGCGCAAGAUGAUCGGCGACAAGGACAGCUGCCUCGUACCCGUCCGGGGCGGCUUCGGUGCCUUCGGUCGGGGCACGGAGGUGGUGAAGGCAAGGAACCGCGGCGAGGCGAAAGAGGCCCGCCGCCAUGUCAAGGAGUUCCGCGACCAGAAGCGGCGCGAAGACUUCAAGACGAAGAUGGGGUACAAGGGCAACCACCAGAAGCACUACAGGGAUCCUCUCCUCCAGUAGACCUGUACCCACUUGCCUGCCGCGUACUGUAUCAUCAUUUUGCCUUGUACUUCUUGCAUUGCAUUGCAUCUACUGUUUUUCAAUCGUUCAAAACUCAAGAGCAUAUCACACCGUCAUAAGUCCAUUACAAGAACACACUGUCACUGCC